AUGCCACCCGAAGGAAGUACGAGGGCUGAGAUACUGCCAGGUUGCCCAAGCCUAGACAAGGGAAGUCGAGAGGCAGAGGUCGGGUUCGAACCACGGUCCGUGAAUACGCGCUCUAAUCACUUGUCUCCAUAUUCGAAGAAUUGUUCCCCAAUAUUCUUUGGGAGACGCCAUAGCUGUUUCGCUGUAGCACCCUUUCGAUGCCUAACUGCCAUGCCACCCGAAGGAAGCACGAGGGGUGGGAUACUGCCAGGUUGCCCAAGCCUAGACAGGGGAAAUCGAGAUGAAGAGGUCGGGUUCGAACCACGGACCUUCCGGUCGGUAACUUCGCGCUCUAACCACUGGGUCAUCAGCACGCUACAACAACGGAGAAUAGUACCUAGACGUAACAUACUACUCAUAGAGUUGCUGAAAAAACCCACGACCAGUCUCAUCAUAGAUGAGAAAUUCACCUGGGAUGCACUUGAGUCUCCCGUUAAGACCAGAGCGAUCUCAUACACCGAAGAAAACCUCCCUCAGGACUUUGAAACCUUUCCACUGCUGAAAGAGCAUGGGGUUAAAGAAGACCCUUCGACAACCCACGAACGGCUUCACCCUUCUUGGGAUUCAUCAGUUAGGCGCAGUCCCCGAGUUUCACUCAACCUCAUGCUGUACUUGAACCCGAAGUGGACGUGA